AUGGCCGCGAGAAAAGUCUUGGUUAUCGGUGGUUCGGGAGCCCAAGGAAUACCCAUUGUGAAAGAACUGUCCAAAUAUCCUGAGUAUUCUGAAAUCAGAAUUAUCACUCGGGAUCCGGAUUCCAAAAAUUGUAACCUGCUGCUUGGUUACAGGGGUGUAACGGUCUCAGUCGGGGCUACCGACAAUGAAGAUGACCUCCGAAAGGCUCUGGCGGGAAUCGACCUCGUCUUCUGCAACAUUAAUAGUUUCAUUCUAGGCAUCAAAAACGAGAUUUACUGGGGUAUCCGAAUAUUUGAGCUUUCAGUUCAGGCUGGUGUCAAGCACUUCAUCUGGUCAUCCCUUGACAAUUUUAUGUUCGACACAAAAUACACGGACUCAUUGCGGGCUGGUCACUAUUACGGCAAAGCCGCGGUAGAGCAGUGGCUUUACUCUAUCCCUCAAAGAGAAGACAGCACACGAUGGUCCAUUCUGACCACAGGGCCCUACGUGGAAAUGCUCUCAGACCUCUGGGUUCCGAAGAGAGAUGAGGAUGGGACGUAUGUGUUCGAGGUACCGAUUGAUGAUGGCGCCAUCCCGUUCGUGCACCUCGACGAUCUCGGCCCUUAUGUGCACUGGAUCUUCUCUAACAUCGAUCAAUCUGCCGGACUGAACCUGAAAGUUGCCAUCGAGCAUGUUCACCUCCACCAGAUCCCCGAAGCGUUCACGAAGGUUACUGGAAAACCGGCAAAGGCAGUGUCCCCUUCACUUGAACAUUGGUUCGCAAAUGGAGCAUUUGCGGACGUGGCAGAGCGUAAACUUGGUGCUUCGACUGCGGGACCAAACGACAAUACUCUCUUGACAUACCGGCAGAAUUUCAGCAACUGGAUCAGAAUCUACCGCCAGUCGGCUGGCAAUAAGGGCAUUCUUCGCCGAGACUAUUCGUUACUAGACAAGGUGCUGCCUGAAAGAGUCAAGACUCUCGAGCAGUGGAUGAGAAAGGUGGAGUACACAGGUGAAUGGAAAGAGGUCUUAAAGAACCGUCGCCGUGACCCAUCUCUAUAG